AUGGAUCCUUUACAGCUGAUUUUUGGUAUCAUCGUUGUGGUGUUGAUGCUUGGCCUGGGUGCAACAAUGUCCCCAAAGGAUUUCAAGCUUGCCCUUCGCAUGUGGAAAGCUCCGCUGGUGGCCGUUCUUUGCCAAUUUGGUCUCAUGCCUUUGAUCUCCUUUGCCUUGGCAUUGGGCCUGGGUGUGACGAAAGAACAAGGCCUUUCCAUGCUUGUGGUUGGUUGCUCACCAGGGGGUUCAACAAGCAACCUCUUUGCAUACUAUUCACGGGCUGACCUGCCCCUGUCAAUCCUUGCCACGAGCCUCUCUACCUUGCUGUCAGUGGCGAUGAUGCCCCUGUGCCUCUACAUCUACAGUUCGCCCUUCACGGACGAUAAUGUUGCGAUCCCUUUAGCAAGUUUGGUGACGCCCCUCUCUCUUGUUAUCCUGCCUGUUGUGAUUGGCAUGGGAAUCCGGCACAUGAGCAUCAAAGUGGCACUGUGGAUAGAGAAAGCAGCUUCUGCUCUUGGCACAAUUUUCCUCCUUGCAGCUUUGGUGACAGGCGUUGUUUCAAAUUCGCAUCUAUUUACUGAUCACUGGAGGCUUUGGGUAGCGGCGGCUUUGCUGAUGCCAAUUGGAAGCGCGCUUGGUUAUGGCAAUGCCCGUCUUGCAAGACUCCCCUCCAAAGCCUGUCGCACCAUUUGCUUAGAGACAGGCUUGCAAAACAGCACCCUUGCAUUAACAAUUCUGGCCUUCUCCUUCAGUGACCCCGGGCGAUUCGAGGCAGUGUCAGUCUUUCCGUUAUUGUACAGCUUGUUCCUAUUGGUUGACGGUGUGCUCAUCACCUUGCUUUUCCGCUUUCUCUCCCGCAACGAGCUGGCUGAGGGGCCGUUCAACGGAAAUCUGGACACGACCAUAGGAACACGCAGCAAAGAUCCAAGUGAAGCGAAAGCAGCACAAUCGGAAGGCAAGAGUGUAGAGGCUGAUCACCAAGACUGUCAGAAUGAAGAGGAGAAGUGCAGGCAAUUUGAUUCAGUGGCUUGA